UUCCCGGAUAAUAUAGCUUGUUGAUUCCCACACCUUUCUCUUCCCACUCUUUUUUGCGCGUCUCUCUCGAACACGGAAGUGUUAUGAGCUUCUCUGUAACUCCCGAGUGUUAUUCUCUCUCUAUCUCAACUCGUUCCUCUCUCUUCCCACUCUAUGCCUGAAGAAGAUAAAUCAAUUGAAGCAGAUCUAGAACUAGGUUUUUCAGAAGAAACACGCGAUCCAGCAAUAAUUUCUUCGUUGAUUUUUUAGUGCGAGCAAUAAUUUGUUCAUUAUGCUGCAACGUUGUUCAAUUGAAAGCCCUUUUUUCAUUUUCUUGCCUUAGAAGGUUAUACUUACUUGGCAAAAAGAAAUGGGUGGUAGUGUAGAUCCUUCAAUACUUUCAAGAAAACGUAAAAGAAAUGAAGAGGUGGCAGAGCUCGAGGAAACAAUCUUCAUUGUUUUUAGUGUUGUUACUGUGCUAUUGGGUGCAAUAGCUUGGUAUCACAACAAAUGUAUUGAUUUAGAGGAACCAAGCUCCGCAACAAAGAAAAAAGUACUAUGUACUCGUGCUAAGAAGAGAGACGAAGAGAGGACAAUCAAUUCUAUUAUGAGAGAUGUGGCUGAGUCAUUGAAAGACCUUCUACAAGUUACUAAAAAGAGGAUGGAAGGAAAUUCUCAAGAAAUGGUGCAAGAAGUGUUGAAUGAAAUGAAGAUGAUUAUUGAUAUUGAUGAUACUAUACGUUAUAAAGCAAUCAAUUGGUUGAUUGAAAAUCCAAACAGAUUGGCGAUUCUCAAAGCUCUUCCGUUGAUUAAGAAGAAGGAUUUCCUCUUGGCUUCCAUGUCUUGAGACCAAGGUAGUUUUAGUUGAAUUUUUGUUCAUAAUUCUCUAUCACUUUUGAUUUCAACUUAGUAAGUCUUAGGUAAUCCCAAUGUUCUAACUUCUCACCCUCUUGGAGGAGCAGCGACUUGAAACAUUGUAUAUUUUACUAAUUUUCUAAUACUGUUCAAUUGAUGGUGCUCUUUUUUUAUUUGAUUUGCAUGUAUGCAUACUUUAUUUUGAACAUAUUAUGUCUUAUCCCAAAAUGUUGGUCUGGAUCAAAUUCUGCACUUGACAAUUGAAUGAUGACAAGUUAAGUUUAA